AUGAGACAGGGGCGUCAAGCCGAGCGCAGCGGUGCAGAUCUGAAGACACCCACCCGUGCCGUCGUCACUUUCAGCCUUGCUCCAGUCAUCUCCAACCCGUUUCCACCAGCACCGCCGCCACCACCGGCCGAACCCUCGCCAUCUCAUACCAGCGCGCAUCCCUCGUAUUCCAUCAACGUCUCUGCCGCCGUCUUGAUCGCCAGACUGCCGUCGAUCUCAUCCUCUAUUCAACAAAAGCAUGGGCUGCUGAGUUUGACGAAGCCUCCCUCCAGCGACAGCGGCUACCUCGUCCCAGCCAUGAGCGCGCCGGCGCACAAGACGUCCUCCGCAAGGGGCCUCGAGCCCGGCCAUGCCGCCGAAGCCCAUCGCCUCCGAAGCCCCUCCGAUGCCAUCGGUGAGCUAGACCUGCUUGCCGGGCUCUGGCAGGUGGCUCCUUUCGCUCGUCUGCCUCCCGACGCACCGGCCGAGCUGAGCGACUAUGUCCAAGAUGUCGAGAAUCCCCGUCGCGUCUAUGCCAUCCAUCGGGCCAGUCGCCGUCAUGACUUUCAGACUCUCGUCGACAAAUACAUCUUCCAGCUGAGAUGUGGCUGCGGUUCGCCGAAUUGCUCGACUGCCACCUGCUUCACAUGUCGAAAGCGCCUCGCAGGCAAGGCGCCCAUCCGCAGAUAUAAUCCAACGAGUGCUAGGACACUGGCUGUGUAUCUUGCGAGCCAAGAUAGCCCCGAGGCCGGCUUGUGUCCAUAUCUUGGCUCGGCCUCUAGAGACGAGCAUCCCGUGGCCAACAACCUCAUCUUUGCCCACCAACCCUCGCCACCUCAGCACGGCGCCCGCAGGCCUUCGGAUAUCCAGACAACAUCGCGGAGGAAGCCAAGCGUGGGUGUUGCUGCCAAGCCGCCUUUAUCUCCCACGACAAAAUCUCACUCAUCGUCGCUUGAUAAACAACGCUCGAAUAACGAAAGUCAGAAUGACGAUGCUACCACACGACGCGGUCCCUUACCGGCUUCGAACAUCAGCGUUUCGGAGAAGGUGGUACCAAAGGACUACAGAUCGUUUGCAGUGGCUACAUUUGGCACUGUCGCUUACAAGAUGCUGGAAUGGCUCACACCACAGGCUAUUGACGCCAUGACGAAGAAGAUAUCCGAGCUGGGUGGUGCUCAACAGGCCAGUGAAGAUACUGCUGCUGCACCUGCUGCUGUAACUGCUGCCCCUUCACCUGAAUCAACCAACAAACAACCUUCAAAUUCCAAAACAGAUGACUCCCAUGUUCAUAAGACCAAAUCUCCAUCACAUACGGCACCUAAACAGAACAGGACUUCAAAGCCCUCGAGAACUUCUAGCCAAGAUGUAGUCGAGCCGCUGCCCCCAGCGAAGGAUGUGUCGUCCAAGCCCAAGAGACAUUCCAAAAAGACGUUUCGAUCCUCUCCAACCAAGUCGAACAACAGGAAAAGCUUGGAACCUCUUGCCAUCUCAGCUGGGACCGAAGAGGUAAAGCCGAACUCACGACCUCCGAGCUUGAACGGCUUCUAUCCCGAGAAACUGGCCCGUGCUGGCAAGACCUCGCCUGCUAUAGUUACUCGUGGCGUUCCUGAAAUGCCCUCCAAGCCUGCUUUCUUUGAAAACGUAUCUGCUCCCCCUCCUACCACUACCAACCAAAUACAUGACGUUGAGUCAGGCUCCUCAGACACGGAGACGAUUGGAGAAAGAGAAAUGCCUAGCAACACCGCACCCACCAUGCAAAAGGAGCCUGUCAACCCACAGUCUAAACCGAGGCCUGUGUCACCGAUUCUAGAGGUCGAAUUGUCAUCUGCCAAGUUUCUGCUGCCUCAAUCCUUAACCACCUUGAACGUUGAGCUGGUCGAUUUCAUCUGCGAUAUUUUCCAAGAAGAUAGAACCAACGAAAGCCACUUCUUUGGGCCUCUGGAGUCCCAUGCCUCGUAUCCCAAACCACAAAAUCCACCAAAGAAGCUGGCCAGACGACAGUCCACAUCUCAUGCCACUUCUCCAAGUCAGUGGAAGGCUUUCAACGAGCAAGCACUGUUUACUGUUUUGAGCGAUCCUCACUCCCUUGUUCAGUCAUUUUCCAAGGAAGGAAAACUCUUCGAUUCGCAUACACUAUUCUACUGCAUGCUGCGGAUGACUCGGGCUGCGCCAAGCCUUGUUCUUCACAGUCUGUGGAUGGCGGCGGAAUCUCUGUUUACGGCACCAAAAUCACUUCAAAUCUCGCAACCCCGGUCUGGAAGGGCAUUGCCUAGAAGCCGGAAGCCUCUGACUGACUUUGAAGCCGGCUGUGUGAUGUCUGUCUGCCUACAUGCUCUCGUUGCUGUUGCACCCUUCGUUGCGGAUUCCAAGGUUCUAUACGACAUGUCGCGCAUACGAUCUACCGGCUUGGUUUUGGGCGGCAAUGGUCUUUCCACCAGGCAGCCACAAUCAAUAUGCCUAGAAUAUGAAGACGUCUUUUCAAAUGACAUUGCCGUCAGACUAGCUCGUCGUGUGUUCUCGGCUGUGUCUGCUCGUCGAUCUCUAGCAAAUCUCAUGCGAAUGGAUGGCAGAAAUAAGGCUGGUCAGCUUGAUAUACUUCAGCCGUUACUCAACCAGCUUGACCUUCUCAGUUCAGGGCCGCUCCGGAUACUGGAGUUCACGCAAGCCGAACGUCUGCUACAUGAGACUCGUGUGCCUACCCUCCUCCUCGACUGGGCUAGGACCGUUCUGCACCAAGAAUGGGAUGGGAAUCCGGAGAUUGUGAAUAAUGGCGCCUUUUAUGGGGCGCUGUCUCUUAUCUCCACUAUGUACCAAAACAGAACUAGACUUUUACUCGGCGAUAUCCAAUUCCGCGCCGAUUACUUCUCUGAGCGCCUGGACUCUAUGGAAAUGCCAGUCUCUUGGUCGGAAUCGACUUCGAAGCGAAAUAGGGGUCAUAUACUUGAUUAUCCAUACCUCUUCAGCCCGGAGUGCCUCGUUACUUUUUUCCGAUCCAUCAACUUCGCCAAGAUGAGUCGCAUGUUUGAAGAAAGCAGCUCACUCAAGACACGUAUGAGCGCUAUUGUCGACCCAGGGAGUCUUGUUGCGAACCCGCACCAUAAAAUUGUGUUGCAAGACAUGCUCAAAGUCGCGUCGUCCAAGUAUCUGAUUCUGGAUAUCAGCCGAGAGAAUGUACUGAGAGAUGCUUUCGACCAGCUCUGGAGACGACAGCGUCGUGAGCUUUUACGCCCUCUCAAAGUUCAUCUUGGCGAGCUGAGCGGAGAGGAAGGAUUUGACUCGGGUGGUGUGCAGCAGGAGUUCUUCCGAAUGGCAAUUGCCGAGUUCAUGGACCCCAAGUACGGCGCUUUCACAAUUGAUGACCGGACACGCAUGGCAUGGUUCGUCCCCGGCUCUGUUGUGGAAGAAUGGAAGUUUGAGCUCAUGGGUGUCCUUGUGUCCCUGGCAGUGUACAACGGUCUCACCCUUCCCGUCACAUUUCCCAAGGCGCUGUACCGAAAGCUUCUAGGCGAGCCCGUCGAAGAGCUUUACCACAUUGCAGACGGAUGGCCUGCCCUAGCCAGCGGGCUUAUGAGUCUUUUAGAAUGGAAUGAAGCAGACGGCGCAGUUGAGGACGUCUUCGCGCGCACUUACGAGUUCUCGGUACCCAAUAUAGGGGGUAAUGUCACUCGAGAGAUGACCAAGGAUAUGGUCCAAUGGCCACAGAACCUCGAUUGGAAGAUGCGAAUUGUUCUGCCGGAAGAAUCGGUCGAUGAUACAGAGGCACCGCUAGUGACGAAUGACAACCGCGACCAGUAUGUGAGUGACUACAUUCGCUAUCUGACGGAUAUGUCAGUCAGACCGCAGUACGAAGCAUUCGAGCGCGGCUUCAAGAGUUGCCUGUCAGACAAAUCGCUCUCCCUACUAAGCCCCCAGAUCUUGCAAUCUGUCGUUGAAGGUGUGCAGGAAAUUGACAUUUCCGAUCUCCGACGAUAUACCCGCUACGUAGGAUGGGAUGCAUCUCACCACACUAUUAGAGAUUUUUGGUCGAUUGUCAAGCGAUACGACGACAGGAUGAAGCGUAAGCUCCUUGAGUUUGUGACUGCGUCGGACCGUGUUCCCGUCGGAGGCAUGCGCAAUCUGCAGUUUGUGAUUCAGCGGAACGGCGAGGGCGAGGGCAGUGGAAGUCGUCUACCGACAGCGUAUACGUGUUAUGGGACGUUACUUUUGCCGGAGUAUAGAGACAAAGACUUGCUGAGGCAGCGGUUGGCGAUGGCGCUGGAGAACGCGCAGGGAUUUGGCUUUGCUUGA